AUGACUCUUUUACCAACAAGCAUCCUUGCAAACUUCAGCCAUGACACAGUGGAUGAACAUCAAAACAACACAGAUGACACUUGGUGUACUUCUGAACCAAGCAGUUGGGCCCGCACUGUGAUUCUAGUGUAUGUCCUGACCAUCAGUGUGCUGGGAAUUAUCUUGAAUGUGUUUGUGUUGAUAGUUUUCUGGCUCCACAAGAAGGCCUGUACUGUGGCUGAGGUCUACUUGAGCAACCUGGCUGCAGCUGACCUCUUUCUGGUGUCUCCUUUUCCCGUCCUUGCUGUGAUUGCAGGAACAAAAGAUGACUGGCAGUUAAGUGAAGCACUGUGUAAAAUGUUCCCCUUUUUCCUCAACAUGAAUGCAGACUGCAGCAUCUACAUCCUUGCUCUGGUGAGCAUUGACCGAUAUUUGGCACUAGUUCACCCACUGACCAAUGGAAGAAUGCGGAGGCCAUUGUAUGCCAAAGUGGCAUGUGUCGUGGUUUGGGGUGUAUGCUUUCUCUUGAAUGUCCCCCCACUUAUUUACCUUGAAGUUACACAUGACCCUGAGGGAAAUUUUACCACAUGUGCUCUUGAAGAUCCAAUUCCUACUAUGUAUCUGGUGUUUCAGGGGAUCGAUGAAUUUUGCUGUAUCAUCCCUAUUUCCAUGAUUUCCUUCUGCACCGUCAAUGUUAUUCACGCUCUGCGAAACAGGAUACAGAACAGGUUAAACACUCAGAAAAAGGAGCAGAAGGCUACCACUCUGGUCCUGGUGGUCCUCCUGGUGUUCCUGAUCUGCUGGGUGCCAGCGCAUGUAGUUAGGAUACUAGACCUGCUCAGUUUACUUAAGAUUCUGAAUGGGUGCCACUUCAUCAAAAAUCUGGAUCUCUGCUAUGUCAUCUUCGCCUGUUUAGUCUUAUUUAACAGUGUUCUCAACCCCAUUCUCUAUGUCAUUGUAGGGAAAACCUUCCAGACAAAAGUUAAACAAUUCUUCACACAGAUGAGCACAAACCUGUCAAUAAGUCAUUAAGCUGAAGAUGCUGCAAGCUGAUCCACAAUAAUAGCGAUAUUUUGAAUGAGGGUGCAUGUUUUAAAGAUUUUGUACAAUGAAACUGACUAUUGUUUACGAAGGCAUAAUGUCAGAAAAUUAAGUUUUGGCCACAUUUCGAUUAAAUAAUCCUAAUAUUCAGAAUGUAUUUAUGUUCAAGCUGUUUCUCAGAAGGGUGAAGCCAAGACAAUGUCAUGUUUAUUUGAUUACAUACUGUGGUGAGAACCUGCUCACUCUGGUGUAUCUUUCAGAGAAUCUUUCUCAACACAGUCCUGACCCCAUAUUUUCCUAGGACAACACUUUUGGAAAAUGAAGUUAUGGAUAAGGACAACUGAAGCAUGAAGAUUCAUUGUUUUAUUCCUCUUAUGCAUUUAGCAUCAACAGAUUGGUAGAAAUGAAGGGUGUGGUCAUUUAUAUCGGAACUGACUGACUAUCUAUCUCAGGACACCCUGCUGAUGUUUUGUAACACUUCUGGUGCAUUUACCAAAAUCUGACACUCUACCACUUAUACCCUAACAGUUGUUUCAUUAGCUAUCAUGCUUUCAGAUGUAACACAAGAACUACACUGUUACAUAAUUAAAUAGAAUUACCACACAUGCUUUACAUUGUUGAA